AUGAUCCGCUCACCGACCAGCUUGUUAUCUGGCGGAUCGCGCGCAAAGAGUGCGAGUCUAGGAGCAGCCGGUGCAGCCGGUCUAUCUCUGCGAGCGCAACUGUCGGCGCGUAGUCGAGUGACCAAUCUAGGCGUCGUCUUGCUACUGGCUGUAGCUUGCGCUUCUCUUUUGCUCAACCUUAGAUAUGCUAUUGCGGGUUCUAGACAUGUCAGGGGCUUACCUCCCCCUGGAUUCGGAUCGUGGGAGAGCUUCCACGGUCUUACGCCUUCCACAUUGCUCGACAGCCUACCGCCUCCAGCCAAGGGCGCUGAUGCGCUCAAUCACCUGGUAAUUGUGACGGGUCAUGCCGUCUGGGGUGAGUCUUCUCCAAAGUGCGCAGCACACACGUCAGCCCUCGCACUGCUGUGAGCCCACGGGUAGACGCAAAGAGAAUGCUCAUCGUUGCUAGUUGUCUUCGCUCUGCAGCUGGUUGCGACUUCUCUGGUCGGGAAAAUGACGAGAAUUGGGUUCUGGAGAGUUGGCAAAGAGGUGGCAGCACAAGGACAUUUUGGAAGCACAUUGAAAAAGGGUGAGCGACCAUGGGAGCGAGCUCAAGUGGCGCUGAGACGGAGGCAGCAUCUCGGCCUGAGGCUCGUUGCAUCUUGCGAGAGAGAUGCAGCGAAUCGCUGACCUUUCUGGCCGCUCGCCGUUCCUAGAGUGGAAAUUGCAGAUGCAGAUCCGACAGCCCUUCUUGUCUUUAGCGGGUGCGCAUGCAGCUGGCUAUCUGCAAUCAUGAGGACAGUGAAUGCUGACCGCACCCUGAUUGUGGCGCACGCAGAGGUCAGACUAGACCAACAUCCCUUCAGACAGAAGGCGAAUCAUACUUUUCUCUUGCCGUCUCGUCAAGUAUGCGGCUGCCCGUCUUGCCUGGAUUCAACUUCUCCACACAUGGACCAGGUCCUGGGGAAGCAAAGUCGUCCAAAAAGAUCACUGCAGAGGCGGACGAGAUUUUGGGCAGGGUCGGAGCUGGUGCACAAGCCAAUGCUGGUGUGGCGGUAGCAAAGGGACUGCAGGGUGUACGCAUGACCACGGAAAACUUUGCUAUGGACAGCUUCGAGAACCUGCUCUUCUCCAUUGCUCGCUUUAGAGAAUUUACGGGACGCUUCCCGAUUCGUAUCACCGUGGUGGGUUAUGGCAUGAAGAAGAGCAGAUUUGAAGACCUCCACGCCAAAGCUAUCAGAUGGCCUGUCAAAUCGUUCGUUGGAGGUCAGAGGCGCUUCCACUAUGUCGGGAUCGACGAUGAUGGCAACGAGGCAGACAUCAAGGCGGAGUAUGACGGAGAGGUAAGAAGUUGUUUUGGUGCAUUGUGCGACUCCGAAGACUGAGCUGAAUGGGCCACAUUCCUUUUCAUGCAGAAAAUCAAGACGUAUCCAAUGUUCGAAAAGGACAUGUAUGGCUGUCAUGGUCGCUUGCUCGUGAGUAGCUCGUGACAUGCCAGACUAUUUCAAAAGCUUCUUCUCACGCUUGCUCUCACCUCACAGGACAAGCGACGUGCGAGAAACCCUACCAGAAGGUUCCACUCUUACUUCUCUGGCGCCCCCGAGAUUGCGGAUCUUUUGGACUGGUGUCCACCCGAUGGUACGUCAGAAUGCACCUGAGUUUACGCGCAUACACCUCGGGCUAAUGUCAUUCUUCCUGCAACCUGAUCCGGCAAUCAGGUCUUGGUCUGCAAGGCAUCUACGUCGAGUCUUUGCCCUGGGACCGAAGAGCGAAUCCCACAUCUGGAUGGGGUCGGGGCACAAAAGCGUAUCAGGAGGAGCAGAAGAAGAAGCAUGUGGCCAACCUUUUGCCGGAUAGUCGUUGGCUGGAGUAUGGCAGAGAGAAGCAAUGA